UCAAACCGAGAAUUUUUCUCUUUCUCUUCUUCGUUGUUCUUCUCCGGCUAUACGAUUCUCUGAUCCGAGCAGUCUCAGUCCAAAAAGCUUUGAAUUUUCCGAAUCUGAUUCCCUGAUGGAUAGUGGAGCGCUCAAUAUCAAAAAAUGGGUAGUGGUGUAUCCAGUUUAUAUUAACUCAAAGAAAACUGUAGCUGAGGGAAGAAGGAUCAGUGUGAGUCAAGCAUGUGAGAAUCCGAAUUGCAUUGAGAUUAGUGAUUGUUGCAAGCAUUUGAAACUCCCUAGUGCUGUCGAGAUUGACAAAGCGUACCCGCGUGAUUUCAUGCAAGUAGGGAGAGUGAGAGUGCAGUUGAAAAGGGAGGAUGGGACUUUACUCAAUCCAGCUAUUACUUCAAGGAAGCAACUGAUGCAGAAAAUUGCAGAGUUGGUACCAAGACAUCCAGAGAGAGUGAAGAAGCAAGAAUCUCAGAAAGCAAAGAAGCAGGAACCUCAGGCCACGACUUCAACCUCUGGAACUUCUUCAAAGUCAGGCAAAGGUGGCAAGAAGAAGAGAUAAACAAGCCCUCUCGUUCUGUGUCAUUUUUUUUCUCCUCGCAUCAGAUCCUAUGUCUUUUAAUCUCUACAGCUUACUGAGAAGAACACAAAGGUGUUUGCAGGUGUAACAAUGUUUCAAUACAAGAUAGUCUCUUCACGCUAAGUUAUUCUUAGUUUAA